AUGUCGAGUUUCGAGCAGGUUGUCGUCAUCGAUGGCAAGGGCCAUCUCCUUGGCCGCUUGGCCAGCAUCGUCGCCAAGCAGCUUCUUAGCGGCCAGAAGAUCGUCGUCGUCCGAUGCGAAGCUCUCAACAUCUCCGGAGAGUUCUUCCGAGCUAAGCUCAAGUACCAUGCUUACCUCCGCAAGAUGACCCGGUACAACCCCACUCGUGGUGGUCCCUUCCACUUCCGAGCCCCCUCCCGCAUCUUCUACAAGACCGUCCGAGGCAUGAUCCCCCACAAGACCGCCCGUGGAGCCGCGGCGAUGGAGCGAUUGAAGGUCUUCGAGGGUGUUCCCCCUCCCUAUGACAAGAUGAAGAAGAUGGUCGUCCCCCAGGCCCUCCGUGUUCUCCGUCUCCAACCCGGCCGAAAGUACUGCACUGUUGGUCGUCUCAGCCACGAGGUUGGCUGGAAGUACCAGGAUGUUGUUGCCAGGCUCGAGGACCGACGAAAGGCCAAGGCGGCGGCCUACUACGAGCGGAAGAAGCUUGCCCAAAGGCAGCUCUCCGAGGCGAAGAAGGGUGCCAAGGUGGACGCCAAGACGGUGAAGACUCUCGAGUCGUUCGGCUACUAA